GCAAGAACCUCCUUGGACAUCUAGGCAGCAGGGCGCCUGUUGGAUCAGGCCAUCUAGUUCAGGCCUCUAUCGGAAGCCGACGUGAUCUGCAGCGGCCAUGCUCACCUUGUCCCUCCAUCACUGCCUUCAUGAGCUUGGCUAAUCUCCACUGCCACCAACCAUCCCGGAGCUCUACUGCCAGUCCUUGCCCGAGGCUCUUUGGACCCACCUCCCCUGACCUUCCUCUCUUGCUCCUCCUGGUCCCACAUGGCCAGCCGCCUUCCUCGAGGCUGCUUCACGGCCAACACCCCACUCUGCAUCUCUGACGGGCCUGGAGAGAGACACGGAGCAGGUGGUUUCCUGUCCCUAAAGCCGGCAAGCUCAGGCACUAAGCCCAAGGUGUCAGGUGUCCGCUUUGCCCCAACCCAGACGGUGGAAGGACCGUCCAGCCACGUACAUUUCGACGAGAAGCUGCAUGAUUCCGUGGUCAUGGUCACUCAGGAGAUAGAUGGAAACUUCCUAGUGAAGGUUGGGUUUCUGAAGAUCCUGCACAAGUACGAGAUCACUUUCCUUCUGCCUCUUGGGCAGCAACUGGGGCAGAACCUGUGUGCAGCACCGUUGAUGAACCUUAACCUGAGAGUGGUCAACAUUACGCCUGUGUCUGAAGGUUACAGCGUCAAAUGCGAGUACACGGCCCACAAGGAGGGGGUCCUCCGAGAGGAGAUGGUGCUGUGCAGCGAGACCAACGACAAAGCCUCCGUCAAGGUGGUCGUGCAGGCCAGGGUGAUGGACCGCCACCACGGUACGCCGAUGCUGUUGGACGGCGUGAAAUGCAUCGGUGCCGAACUGGAGUACGACUCGGAGCAAAGCGAAUGGCAAGGAUUCGACUAGUCCAGAUGCCCAACCUCCUCUGCAAACCCAGUCGUCUUUCUAGGGUUUUCUAUAAAUAUCUAUUUUCCAGUUAAGCUUGAAAUUAAAAAGAAGAACCACCACCUCAGCUGUUCACUGGCUGCCCGAUGCAGAGUGCUCUUGUGUUUGUGCUGACCCAAUGGAGCUUGUCUUGUGGAUUUGGGGUGCCGUGCUUAUCCCCUCCCCCUCCCCCCCCCACGACAUGCAUCCAGAACCACAGACUGGAGCCCACUGGCUCAGAAGGGCCACCCUGGCUUCACGCUGACGGGCAAGGCAAGAACAGGCUUCCCAUAAUCUCUUCAGCCUUACAACUGCAUCCGAUGGGUGUGCAGUUUUUGUACAUGAAUUGUGUGCGUGAUUUUGCAAGCGUGUGGCAUAUGAGGGCAGCGUUCCUUGGGUUUGGUUGCAUUUUGUUCUGGUUUAGCAUAGUUCUGUUGUCUGCAAGCCUGUCUGAAGUUUCUGCAGCUGCUCUUUAAAAAAGAUAGACGACUCCCCCCUGAGCGUCUUUGCCUUUGCUUCCUUUCUGGGUGUUUGGCACUUAAGAAAAAUAGACAGUUUGCCGUAACAGAGCUGUUUAGCAGCCUCGUGUGCUGGGAGAGUGGAUGGAUCGGCUGUUCAGCACUGAAGAGCUGGUUGGAGGAAAUGACACGGCUCUGGCUGAUAGAUCUCUGAUCAGCCUUGAAUAUUAAACAGCUGUUCAGAACCGUCCGUGCCGGUGACUCUCGCUUAGCGCUAAAAGGCUGAUCAGAGGAAGGGAGCCGUGUAUGGAUCCAAACCAUAUACACAAGCGGUUAUCAGAAAACAAUGUUUUCAUGGUGUUACUGUCGGUGAGGGACUGGGAUUAGUUCUAGCCCGUAGCCUGUAGCUGUGUCAGGUACUGGAGAUCAGUUCCGUCUGUGGCCGAGUGCUUUUCUCUCCCAUCCUGGUUGGAACUGAACCACACUCAGGGCAAACAGAUUAUCUUAAGCUCUUCACGCCCAUCCCGUUGUCUGUCCAGCCAGAAAGGUUUGAUGGCGUAAAGAGUGUCGCUUCGGCUGAGCAAAUGGGAGGACCCCCUUUUGCCAUCAAGAUGGUUCAGACCAGAGCAGGGGAGCAGUCGGUGGCCAAGUGGUUGUGCAGGGUGGCCCCGCGUCCCGUGAGCUGGGAGGGGUUCCCUUGAAGAGGCGGGCCUCCACUGCCUUUCCAGAGAUCUGCCAGGGAUCUCUUGUAGCAAGCCAUAACAGUGUCUUGAAAUGUGUUCUGCUUAGGAAAUGUGUGUUGUUUCUUGCUUUCUCUGGAUGCUUCUUCAGUUUUGUUCACGGAAAAAAAAUAUUUUUUAAAGUUCCUCUCGAUUUUUAACAUGCAGCAUGAAAUGCUUGGUUGGCUUAUUUCUGCCAUGGAUUUGCUGGAAAUUUGGGCUUGGGCUAUGUCGGGGGCUGCAGUUUUGCAUGAUCCUCUGUGUAGAACAUUCCCUGCCAAUAGAAAGUUAGCACAGGCGGGGAGAAGGCAAACGAGGCCUUUCUCUCUGACCUGCUAAGUUUGGGCUUGUUUUUUGAACUUGCAAGGAGUUGUUUUAGAAGUGGGAACCUCCGGAAAUGUCACCCCCAGCCUGAAGGGGAAGGGCUGCCCUUUCUGCUACCGAAUUCUUCUGCAUGCCUGCCUCCUAGGCAGGAGAGCCUUGUCUGAAGGAGCUGGCAGGAGGCUGCCGGAGGAGGCACAUCUUGCUUGAUCUUCUCUCUCCCAUCCUGCCCUACCUGGAGCUGCGCUGUCUGCAGGCUAACCACGCAGCUCUACCUGAUGAAUGGCCAGCCUGCAGGCAGCAUGGCUCUCAUGAAUGCUGGGGUGGGGCAGGAGAGAGAGGAGCCAACAGACUUCUGGGAAGGGGAGGCAGCCGGGUCUCCUUUGGCAAUCCCCCCCCCCCCCCCGCUCAUUAGGACAAGCCACCCCUGAGACUAGGCCUGAGUUCAGAGUGACGCAGCUGUUGCUGGAAAUGGGCCCUGGGUCUCCCAUCACCCCACCCAACCCCAGUGUUUCUGCAGCACCACCGCCGCCAUGUGCCCCCUGGGGUGCAGCCUCCUUCUCCGUCCCUUCAAACACUUUGGGGACAUGUUCAAGGUGAAGCUGCACCAGGAGGGGCAACGGGGGUGUCAGGCUCCGGGCUGCUGCUGCUGCUGCAAUUCAGUGGUGGCUGAAUCCGACCACGGCUGCCGGUGCCAGUCCGAUUACAGACCCCCCCCUGCCGUGGAGACUCGCUCGUCCAGUCCAGCAGCGGCCGUUCAAAUGAGCCGCCGGGGGGGGGGGGGUGCCCCGGCAGGAACAGCUCAGUGGCUCCUCUCUCUCUUUCUCUGCCCAAGAGCCGUGCUACCACUUGCGGGCUGGCCAUCCGUCAGGUAGAGCUGACCUGAUGAACAGCCAGCCUGCAGGCAGGGCAGCUCUUGGGCAGGGCGGGAGAAACGGGAGCCACCCCAGCUGCCUCCUUUGCCCCCCACCCCACCCUCCAGCUCCCUAGGAUGAGUCUCUCCUGGCCCAGCCAUUGCUUGCUGGUGGCAGGGAGGGAUGUCCGCAGACCGGAGCCCCGAGGUUUCCCCCAGGCAUGGUUCCUCUCUCGCUCUCCCCGCCCCUCCUGCCCUGACUCCGUAAUGUCGUGUCUCUGUUCUCUCUCUUGCACUCUCUCUCUCUCUCUCUCUCUCUGUUUCAGACACACGGUACACGGACCAGGAAUGUAAUAUAGUUACGGAAGAAGCCAAUGGGUUUUUAUGUGCCUAUGUAUAAAUACAUAUCUAUAUCUAUAGAGAGAGAGAUCUGUGUGUGGGUGUGCUGCGUUUAUAAAGGUACAGAUUCUAUAGAGGAAAACAAUAAAUUUCCGUUGGAAAAAAGGGA